UGUGGUGAUGUUGAUUAUUACAAUCACAUCAAAUUAACGGUGUUUUUUUAUUCUGUGUCUCAAUUAUAACCAAUUUUAAUUACAUUGAUUAUUCUCCCACAUCUUUGUCUUCAUCAUCUUCAUUAUCUUCCUUUUGGUGAUUCUCUCAUGUUUUUCCUACGUUUUCCUUGAUUGUUAUUCUUUUUUUUCCUCUUCUCUAUUCCCUCUCCAUCUCUCUCACUUAUCUUCUCCAUGCUUCUUCAUAACCACAAGACAACUACAAUCAUCAACAGGAGCACACCGAUGAUACAUUUAAAGAAAUCAACAUAAUCAGUUAAUUGUUACAAUUGUUAAUUCUAUUCUAUUCUUGUUAUACAAAACAAAACAAUUUACAUUUACAUUUUUCCCUUUACGUUUCCAUUUCUUUGCUGUUUGUUUUUGUGUUUCUCUGUUGCAACUAAAGACACAUUGUUACUUUACUUUGAUUUUAAUGUAAAUUGUUCAUCUUAGUGAUAUGUUAAUUGCUGAUUAUCUAGUUGGAUUAGUUAAUUAAUUACAUGGAGAUUGCCACUCCUGCUCGUUCUUCUCCAUUUCCAAAGCUCACAUUUGACCAUAAACUGAUAAUUGCCAAGCAUCUUGUUUCCUCUAAUGGUGAUGACAAACGGAAAACUCCAAAUCAUCUUGAUGAUGAAUCGUCAACUUGUGACCUUAAGGAUGAUUCAAAUUACGAAAUUGGUGCCAAAAGUCGAUUAAAUGAUUCAAUUAAUACCGGUGGAAUUGUCAUCUCAAACGUAAUUGAUAAAACAUCAACCACAAUUGAAGUUGGAGAUAAACCAAUAACUGUAGUACAACAACACCAACGUCAGGACGAUAUGCCAACUAAAAUGAGUGAAAAUCAUUUUAAGCAUGUUAAUCAUUUUCAACAGAAUUACGAUAAUCGUAAUUCUAUAGCAUCUUCACCGAUGAUAAUUAAAAUGGAUGAUGAAGAAAUGUGCAAUAAUAAUAAUAGUAAUAUUAAUCGUGAUAACACUUCAAUCAACACCAACACCAAAUUAUCAUUUGAUGCAUAUAAAAGCCUUGAUAAUGAUCGGAUUAAAUCAAUAUCGGAAAGUGUUACAGUUCAUGGAAACAAUGAGCUUUCACUUAAGUCAAUUCAGCAAUUAAAUAAAAGUGAUCUUAGAACUAAUCAUGAUUACAAUGAGAACUGUAAAAAUGAUACCAAUUGCAAUGGCGCUGGUAAUACAACAUUUAAUAAUAUUAACGAUAGACAUAUAUCAUCAUCGGCUAAUGGUACUACUUUCAAGGUACCAAAUGAACUUGCAAUCAACAUGAACAACAACAACAACAACAGUAGCAAUUAUAAUAAUCGUUCAUCACCAUCAAGCCCAUCAAUACCUUACCGUAAGCAAUCAGUUUUUGUUGCCCCUGCAGGAUUAAAUUGGAUUAUCCAUAAAAACAGAAACAAUCCCCAACAUCAUCAUCAACAACCACAAUCUUCACCAUCAUCCCAACAAAUUCCAGUUAACCAUAAUAUUGAUUCUUCCGGAUUAACUAAAUCAACUCUAUCAACAACAUUUGCAUCUUCUCAGGCACCAAUACCAUCUACAUUACCUUUCAAUUCACCCUCUUCCUUAUCAUCAUCUUCUUCAUCAACAAUAACAACAACAACAACAACAACAACAACAUCUUCUUCCCCUUCAUCAAUUGGAAUCAACGAAGAAACAAAUUCUAAUGCUAAUAAUGUUAAUUGUAAUAACAAAACAAAUUCUAAUGCUAAUAAUGUUAAUUGUAAUAACAGUUCCAAUUUUAUAAGGAAAAAUUCAACAAGUCUUGCACCCAAAGCAAAUGCUCAAGAAAUCGAGCAACAUAUAAGUAAAAUAAUCUCCGAAAAUGCUGCUAUCGUUGAAACUUUGGACCCUUUAUGGUCUAAAAGGUAUCUUUCUAGACAUUCAGUUUCAUCACUACCCUCUGGGUCAUCCUCAUCCUCAUCUUCUUUUCCGGCCACUUUAACUAGAUCAACAGUAACCACCAAUAAUUUACCUUCUCGUCGUUACAGUGAAAUUGUUGUCGAUCCAAAUCAUGCCUCUGGUUCAAAACUACAAUCAGCUCUAUUAGGCAGAGUAUUAACAACAUGUUCAUCUACACCAGGAACAACAAUUGUAUCUCCAUCAAAUGUGCCUCAUCUCACUCAUCAUCUCCAACAACAACAACAACAACAACAUCGUUUACCUGUGAAUCCAAAUGGUCCAGUUAAAAAAUUCAGUGAACCAAUUUAUCCUUCUGUUAUAAUUAACAUGAAACAACAGCAAGAAGUUAAUUCAAUGAUAAAUAAAACAGUAGGCUCAAUGGGUAUUAAUGAACAAACUGGAUUAAGACCAAGUUUGGUUCGUAAUCUACUCAGCUCAGCUAAAAGUCCAACAAUUAAAGUUAUCCCAGUGCCUACAUCAUCAUCAUCGUCAUCAUCUUCAUCAACCACCACAAUUAUGGAUAAUACAACAAACGUUAAUCCAGAUAAUCCAGAAGGAAGUAUAAUAAAAGAUUUAUUAUUAAAAGCUCGUGAUUCGGGUGAAAGUUCAAAUGAACGACGAAAUAGUCGAGUUAAUCAAUUGCCAUCGAUACCACCACCAAUUCAAGAAGAGCUCUCAAUGCUUGUCUAUGUUUGUACACUUUGUACAAUUUGUUUUCGAAACAAGGAGACACUCGAAGCUCACCAAUUACACUAUUGUAAAGCCAACGAAACCCAAUCACCAAUGAACGAAAGGUCACCCAAUCAGUUACAAUUAUUAAAUGAUCACGUUCAACGUAAAAUGUCAGUAAUGGAAUCAAAUUUCUUACAACAACAAUUAACUAAACCUGUUCAGUCAUCAACGUCUAAUCCAAAAUCAGGUAACAUCUUCACCCAACCUCAACUUGUUAAUAUUAAUCAACAACAACAUUUGAAACAGCAGCAACUUUAUCAGUCAUCAUCCUCAUCCUCAUCCCAUCUUAAUCAACCAACACAACAACAACAACAACAACCCAUAGUUGGUAAUAUAUUAAAACAGCAACUAUUAGCACCAUCGGCAGGACCACCAUUGAAAAAGCGGAAAACAUCCGAACCACUUUUCACCAAAUCUCAUCUUCAUCGUUUUAGUCAUCCUCAUCAUCUAUUAAAUCAUCAUCAUUCAAGUCAAUCACAUGGAGAUAUAAUCAAUUCCCAUAAUGUCCGUAAAACCUCAGUUGUUCAAAGUCCCUCGAGUAAAUUAUUAAUUAACAAAAGCAAAUCAACUGGCAAGGAAACUUUAAUUGAAUCUGAUUGUUUAAAUAGUAGCCUUUCAUCAUCAUCUUCAUCGUCCUCAUCCUCAUCAUCAUCAUCAUCGUCUACAAUGAUUAAUGAUAAUAUCGUAAUCUCAGUGACAAGUGAACCAAUAACCUUUUCAUCAACCAAUACAAUUGCCACCCAAUCAAUUGCUUUCUCUAAUCAUUCACAUAGCUUUUUAAAUCAAUCUAGUCUUGACAGAUUAUCAUCAUCUGCAUCUCCAUCACCAUCAUCAUCAUCGUCAGCCAAUCAAAAAUUAACUCUUGACAUUUUACCUGAUUAUUAUCCUCAUAUAAAGUGUCCCAAGACAAAGGUAACCCUUUCAGGUCCAAUUGUUUUUCCAGUUUUACGAAAAAUUUUAACAGAAAACAAAGAAAACAUUGAAUUUCAAGCUUCCCCAGAAGCAAUUCAAUCUCACUCUACAUUAAUCUCAUCCUCAUCUUCAUCUUCAUCUUCAUCAACAAUCAAUCCUUCUGGUCAUGCUAAUAACGAUACUAUAAAUAACAAUAAUUACCUGGUCUAUAAACAGAUUCCAUCAAUCCCUGAAUUUGAUGAAGAUUCAAUGGUGGAAGAGAAAGUGGAUGAAGAUAAAGAUGAUGAUAAAAUGAAAUUUAAGAUUGAACAGGAUGAUGGUGAACCGAUCAAGUGUGAUAAUGAUGAUAAUUUAAAUAUCUUACCUGAUAAUAAAGUAGCUCAUGAUGACGACGAGCCACAAUUAUCAACUAAUCAGGAAGGUCAAGAUUAUAAAGUUAAUGGUCAUUUAAAUGUAGUUAAAGGUGAAUUCAAUGAUUUGGAUAAUCAUAAUGUUAAUAGAAAGCAAUUAACUCAAGAUGAUAAAUUGUUGAAUAGUGACAAUUGUGAUUCUAAAUUGAAUAAUAUAACCAAUAACAGUAAUAUUAUUACAAAUGGAUUAACAAAUAAUCGGCCGACAACAUUAACAUUGAGAAAAAAAUAUCCAUCAUCCAAUACAACAUCAUCAUCACCACCACCUAAUCAAGGAGAUAAUUUAAUGAUUGGAAUGGAAAAUAAGUUAAUCGGAUCAACACUGGUCAGUCCUGAUUCACCUCGACCCAAACGUAAAUGUAUGCAGCUUUAUAUUAAAGGUCAAACUUAUACCUAUUUAGGCCUUAAAAUGUCAACCCGAUCAACAUACUGUUGCAUUUAUCGACCUCAGCCCAUGUAUGUCCCACAAGAGGCUUCAUCUAAACUAUCAAUGUACUCCAAUUGGAAGAUAAAUCCACCCCACCACGAUAUAUUUAAAUUAAUGUCUCCCUCUGAAUUGUUACAUGCCUACGAUACGAGGCAAUGGUGUUUCAAGGCGAACGGUGUGACAAUCACCUUCGCACCCUCAUUGGAAUCAAAAAAAUCCCUCGCCGAUACAAACAUUUUAACACCUUCUUCGUAUUGGACAAUUAAGAGACAGCCCGAAGAGAAGGCAGCAAUUAAACGGGAAUUAAUGGAAUUGAAAAGAAAAGGAAUUGAGGAUUUAACGGACAACAUAAUGGACAAUAACAAUAACCACAGUAACAGAAGUGUUUAUCUUACUGGUGGCGGUGGCGGUGGGAGUCGAAAGACAAGCGAGGAUCGACUUAGUACUAUGUCAGGAUUUGAUUCUGAUUCUAAUGAUCCCAAUCAACCUAAAAGAGUGAAAAUAUUUGAAGGUGGAUUUAAGUCUAAUGAGGAUUAUACUUAUGUUCGAGGUCGCGGUCGAGGAAAGUACGUUUGUGAAGAGUGUGGUAUUCGUUGUAAAAAACCUUCCAUGUUAAAGAAACAUAUUCGAACUCAUACUGACCUAAGGCCAUAUUCUUGUCGACAUUGUGCCUUUGCCUUUAAAACGAAAGGAAAUUUAACCAAACACAUGAAAUCUAAAGCUCAUCAUAAAAAGUGCGUUGAAUUGGGCAUAAUUCCAGUACCAAUAACAAUCGAUGAAUCACAAAUUGAUUGUGAAGCCUUAGCGAAACAAGAAGCUCUCGAACGGAGCUAUUCCGGUGGACAUUUGGCCUCAGAUGAUGAUGACAAUGAUCCCGAUGAUGAAGAUGGUUGUGAAGAGGAAGAUGAAGAUGGAUCAGAUGACGAGGGAGUCCCAAUUCCGAUAAUAUCUUCAGGUAUUUUCAUCGAUCAGGAUAAGAUGGACAUCGAUGAAUUAGGAGCCGUUGGGGGAGUAUCUUUGGGAGGAAUGGGAGGUGUUGGACUAAUUGGAUCUGAGGAGAGAAAAGAACAUAGAAAGUCAAUAAUUGUGGCCAAUGAGAUGGACGAACAAGAAGUUGCCCGUAGUUUACUUGUUCUUUCAGGUUCGGGUGAAUGGUCAGUCCAAGGAGGAGGAAACCCCACUGCUGCUGCUGUGGCCGCUGCAAUGGCCUCUGCAUCUGGAGUACAAGUGGCUCCCAAUUGCCUGGAGCUAAAUUAUAAUUGUGAUAAUCGGCUAGUCUCUAGUCCAAGUAAACAGCAACAAGUACAACAUCAUUAUCAACACAUCACUGAUGCUCCAAGUGAUUUGAGAAAGAUAUCAACCUCAUCUUCAUCAUCACUUACACUGAACAAAUCAUUACUUGAUGAUAGAUUAUCAUUACCAUCAACAUCUACAUCAUCCUUAUCCUCUGCCUCUUCUCACUCAUCAACAGGAGCAAUGCCACCCCAUGUAAAUGGAGCUCAUUUUGUUAACCAUUGGUCAUCCAAUAUUCACAAUUCACAGUUUUCCCGUCAAAGGUCAUUUUCUUUUAACGAUGGAUUGAUAAGACGAAAUUCAAUAAUGAUUCAUAACAAUUUAGAUGAUAAUUUAAGACGUAAUGAUAAUCACGAUAAUAAUCAUGUUAUUAAUGGUCAUAUCAAUGGCGAUAUGGUUAAUAAUAACAAUGAAAAUACGACUGGUGGUCAAAUGUUUGAACAUAUUAUGACCGAUGAUUCAAAUGAUAGCGAGGUUGAAGAUCACUUUCAACGUCGAUAUUCAAUGUCCGUUAUUCAAGAUCGAGUUGAACCAAUUUACUUUAAUUAUGAUGGUCCAAUUGACUUGAGUCGUCGUCCUAAUGAAGAUUUUGAUAAUCCCGUUGCUGGACCAUCACGAUAUGACCAACCUCAACCUGGAAGGCGAAAUACUUUGUCCACGCCAUCUUCACAUCCCUUACGCCAUCUUUCACGAGCUGAAUUAGCUGCAGCAAUUAACGGAUCAGCAGCAGCGUCUUUCGGUAUUGGUACUCGAGAAGAUGGUAAAUCAGUUUGCCUUAAAUGUAAUAAAAGUUUUCCCAAGUUGUCGCAACUUCGUCUACAUGUUAAUGUUCACUACUUUGAAAGGCCAUUUCGCUGCGAUUCUUGUGGAGUCUCAUUUAGAACCAAAGGUCACCUUCAGAAGCACGAAAAAUCUGUAACCCAUUCAGAUAAAGUAAAAAUUAAUCUCGCCUUUGGAACGGCAACAACAGACAAUCCAAGGCCAUUUAAAUGUGACGAUUGUGUGAUCGCUUUUCGUAUCCAUGGUCAUUUAGCCAAACAUUUACGAUCCAAAAAUCACAUAAUGAAACUAGAAUGCGCCGGUAAAUUGCCGUGCGGGAUAUACGCUGAUAUGGAACGAUUUGGAAUCAAUUUAAACGUAAUUGAAACAGCUGAUUGCGAGAGCAGUUUGCUAUCACUACAAAGAUUAGCUGAGCAAUUAUAUUACAAAAACGGAGAAAUUAAUGUAACAUGGUUACGACAAACAAUACCCUCAACUACAACAACAAGUACUAAUCCUCCAAUCAAUGGCACUUCGAAUACUGUUACAACGAUUACUACGAAUGCGACAACAGUGAGAACCAUUACAACCACCGCUACAGUGACAAUUCCGGUCCAAGAAUCCACACAAAACACAACCACCAGCACCACCACAACUCCAUCCAUCCAAAGCACACCAACCGGUACCAUCACCAAUGUGAACAACAACAAUAUUUACUAUCACAAUACAAAUCUGACAAAUUGCAAUACCAAAUCAAUGGAAGUAGAUAUAAAUCAAGCCGAUGAUACAAAUUGCAAUAAUAAUACAAUUAUGGUUGAUAAUAAUAUCGGUGAUAAUAAUAAUGAUAUUACAAACGAUACCAAUAAUAAUCAUUAUGCUUACCAUAAUCAUGGUGGACAAAUGAGCAAUAUGGUUACAAUAAACAGCUCACAAAACACCAUAUCUACACCACCCUCAGCACAACAACAACAAGCACCACAAUCAACACCUUCAACAAUUUCAUCUUCUCACUCAUUAUCAUUGUCAACCUCCACACCAACCACAACUUCAUCAACAACAAAUAUAACUUCAAUACGUUCCAAUACUUGUAAUUAUUGUAAACAAGUAUUUAAAAGUGCUAAAUUUUUACAGGUCCAUCUUUAUACUGACCAUCAACAACAACAAUCAUCGUCACCCAGUCUUACCACUGAGUCUAAUCCUCAACCACAACCACAACCACAACCACAACCACAACAACAACAACAACUUCCAACUCCAAUAAUACCACCACCUCUUUCACAUGCUCCUCAAUUGCACUCAUCUUCAACCCUUCAAUUACCACCACAAUCCCAACCUCAACUUUCAUCUCAAUAUCAAACACUUCACCCUCACUUGCAACAACACUAUCACCAUCAUCAUCAGCAGCAAUUUCACCACGAGCUUCAUCAACAACAAUUACAACACUUUCAGCAACUUCAACAAUUGCAACAAAUUCAUCCUCAUCCUCAUCCUCAUCUUCAUCACCAAUCACAGCAUCAACAACGACCAGAGACACAACCAGAUUCUGAUAAAAAUAUUGGAUCUUAAUUAUUUGUCUCUCUUUACAAUUAAUAAUUGUAAUUAUAUUGUAAUGUUUAUUUUACUUUGUUAAAUUAAAAACAAUGAAGUUUAUUAGCUUCAUAUGAAAAAAAUUAA